AUGAAAGAAACAAUCAUGAACCAAGAAAAGCUCGCCAAGCUGCAGGCCCAAGUGCGCAUCGGUGGCAAGGGUACUGCCCGCAGAAAGAAGAAGGUUGUACACAGAACAGCUACAGCAGAUGACAAGAAACUUCAGUUUUCUUUGAAGAAACUAGGAGUCAACAAUAUUUCUGGAAUUGAGGAGGUAAACAUGUUUACCAACCAAGGAACAGUCAUUCACUUCAAUAACCCUAAAGUUCAGGCAUCUCUGGCUGCUAACACUUUCACUAUCACCGGCCAUGCUGAGACAAAGCAGCUGACAGAAAUGCUUCCUAGCAUCUUAAAUCAGCUUGGAGCUGACAGCCUGACCAGCCUGAGGAGAUUGGCAGAAGCUCUACCCAAGCAGUCUGUGGAUGGAAAAGCACCACUUGCUACUGGUGAAGAUGAUGAUGAUGAAGUUCCAGAUCUUGUUGAAAACUUCGAUGAAGCUUCAAAGAAUGAAGCAAACUGAACUGAGUGUCACUUUCUGAAUAAAGUUAAAACUUGAAAAAGCUACCUGGAGCUGCUAUUUUAUAUUGUGACUGCUUUGAUUUAAUUUUUAUUUCCCGAUGAGAUCUCAAGCUCUGUGAUACUUGGAAACUCCUUGAACCUGCAGCUCUUUAGUUACUGCUUGUACACAAUAUUAUUUUUGUGGCCUGACUGAACAAACCUAUGCUUUAAAAUAAGUCGGAUUGCUAACGAAUCUCUGCCUAGACACGAUUUUUGAGUAACUUGUAUACAAGCAAAACCCUAUCUUUAAUGAACUUUGGCAUACAAUAAAAAUAUAAA